GCAAGGAAGAGACGCCGCCGCCGCAGGCAUGCCACUGGUACGUAGCUUGUCGGUCACUUCCCUAUUGGAGGACUGGGACGAGGAGUUUGACUUGGAGGAUGCAAUCCUGUUCGAGAUAGCAUGGGAGGUGGCAAACAAAGUUGGUGGGAUUUACACGGUGAUCCAGACCAAAGCCCGUUUGACCUGUGAGGAAUGGGGGGAGAAUUACUUCCUCGUGGGUCCGUACAUGGAGUCUAACGUCAGGACCCAGGUCGAGCUGAUCGAGCCCAGUAACCCUGCACUCAGGAGAACCAUCGACAAGAUGAACAGCAGCGGGUGCAAAGUUUAUUUUGGCCGCUGGCUGAUUGAAGGCUCUCCGUACGUGGUUCUGAUUGACGUCGGUUUCACCGCCUGGUGUCUGGAUCGCUGGAAGAGCGAGUUGUGGGAACACUGUGGUAUCGGCGUUCCGUGGUUCGACCGCGAGGCCAACGACGCGGUCCUCUUUGGCUUCCUCACCGCCUGGCUUCUCGGAGAGUUUGCGGCUCAAUGUGAGGAACCUCCUCAUAUAGUGGCCCAUUUCCAUGAGUGGCUGGCAGGUUUGGGCCUGGUUCUGUGUAGACAGAGACACUUACCCGUAGCAACUAUCUUCACUACCCAUGCCACGCUUCUGGGCCGUUACCUGUGUGCUGGCAAUGUGGAUUUCUACAACAAUCUUUCUGAGUUUAACCUGGAUAAGGAGGCUGGGGACAGACAGAUUUAUCAUCGCUACUGUCUGGAGCGAGCUGCAGCGCGCUGUGCUCACGUUUUCACCACUGUCUCGAAAAUCACCGCCAUCGAGGCCGAACACCUACUGAAGAGGAAACCAGACAUUGUGACCCCAAACGGACUGAAUGUGAAGAAGUUCUCCGCCAUGCAUGAGUUCCAGAACCUGCAUGCUCAGAGCAAAGCCCGCAUCCAAGAGUUCAUCCGAGGGCACUUCUACGGGCAUCUAGAUUUUAACCUGGAUAAGACGGUCUUCCUUUUCAUCGCUGGCCGUUAUGAGUUCUCUAAUAAAGGAGCUGACAUUUUCCUCGAGGCGCUGGCUAGACUCAACUACCUACUAAGGGUGAACCACAGCGAGAUAACAGUGAUAGCGUUCUUCAUCAUGCCUGCCCGGACAAACAAUUUCAACGUCGAGACGCUGAAGGGACAGGCCGUCCGGAAACAGCUCUGGGACACGGCGCACACGGUGAAGGAAAGAUUUGGGAAGAAACUUUACGAAUCACUGCUAGUAGGGCAGUUGCCAGACGUGUCUAAGAUGCUGGACAAAGAGGACUUCACCAUGAUGAAGCGUGCCAUCUUUGCCACCCAGCGUCAGUGCCAGCCUCCGAUCUGCACUCACAACAUGUUAGAGGACAGCACUGACCCCAUUCUCAACUGCAUCCGCCGCAUUGGACUCUUCAACAGCUCCCAGGACAGGGUCAAGGUGAUCUUCCAUCCGGAGUUCCUUUCCUCCACCUCUCCUCUCCUGCCGAUGGAUUAUGAGGACUUUGUGAGGGGCUGUCACCUCGGAGUCUUCCCCUCUUACUAUGAGCCAUGGGGAUAUACUCCAGCUGAGUGUACUGUGAUGGGCAUUCCAUCCAUCUCCACUAACCUCUCAGGCUUUGGCUGCUUUAUGGAGGAACACAUUGCUGAUCCCACUGCUUAUGGAAUCUACAUUCUGGACCGACGGUAUCGAAGCGUGGAUGAGUCGUGUAACCAGCUGACCUCUUUUCUGUACCAGUUCUGCCAGCAGAGUCGCAGACAGCGAAUCAUUCAGAGGAACCGAACAGAACGACUCAGCGACCUGCUGGACUGGAGAUACCUCGGCAAUUAUUACAUGUGUGCCCGACACAUGGCCCUGGCCAAGGCCUUCCCAGACACAUACAUAUAUGAGCCGCACGAUCCCACUGCAACUCAGGGGUUCCGUUACCCACGUCCGGCCUCCGUACCUCCGUCACCCGCCCACUCCCUCCACUCCUCCCCCCAUCACAGCGAGGCCGAGGAUGAGGACGAGAGAUACGACGAAGAUCUGGAGGCGGAGAAAGACCGCGUGAACAUCCGCCAGCCCGUCACCCUGCCCUACAGAAACAAGAGCCUGACACCUCUACCCGAGAAAAAUUAAAACACACGC